AUGGUGCUUGAUGACGACGGGGUCGCCGAAGCCGUGUUGCGUGAAGAUCCCUCUCUUCGUGCAGGUCCUGGCGGGUUUCGCAUGAUCUACGUCAUGGAGCACGCAGCUCGACAGAUAACAGCUCUUGGCGCCGAAAUACACUACCUUCGCGACGUUACCACCGUUGCCCAACCUGCCGGCCCUGGCUCACGAUGGGAUGUCACCUCCACCACACUCCCACCGCCAUCUACUCCGAAUUUCACCUCCGAGGCGUCGACUGAACACUACGAUAAACUCAUUAUCGCUACCGGUUGCUUCUCCGAUCCCGUCGUCCCAUCCUUCGCGAUUCCGUUCGUACUUCCGCCACGCGCCACAAUCGCACAAGAGACCUUCAAGUUAGACGAGGAUGCCCCGUUCGCGAUACAUACCUCACACCUGAGUGAGCCGGGUAUUCAGAGAGCAGUUAUGGGGAAGAAGAGGACGAUCGUGGUUGUCGGGGGGAGUAAGAGUGCACUAGACACGUCGGAGAGGCUAGCGUUACAUGGUCAUGACGUCACGCUCGUUCUGCGAAAUCCCCCGUACCUCGCCCCGCCGACUGCUAAACAUCCGAAGACGGGAAAGCCAGCAGACGCGGCCGGUACAGUUGGCACACGCCUCAAAACCUCGACAAACCCCUACUUCCCCGACCCCGUUCACACCUCAUCAACCGCCUCUUGGUUCUCAUUCCUGUUCUCGAACCCGGCGUCCUACUACACCGGUGGCCCUAUCGCCUCUCUCUUCCGAUACGUCCUCCACUCCACCUUCCUCGGAGGUUUCAUACUCAGGAGAACACUUGCGGCGACUACGAUAGUAUUCGAGAACUGGGGUGAGUGGUUGCGGGAAGGGAGUAAGAUGAGAGACAUGAGGCCGAAUGUUGAUUUGAUGUGGAGUGAAUCGACGCGUUUCCCGGGAACAGCGUCUUUCCGCGAGCUCGUCCAAUCCGGCAAAAUCAAGCUCAUUAAAGGAACAGUUGUUGACAUGGCCCAACUCUCGACCCUUCCUUCCACUACGCCCUCGGCAUCACUAUCCAAGAUCGUAUCCGUUUCUUUCGCGUUCGUUGGCCGAGGAGCUUGGGUUGCCGUUUGCUUUUCAUGUCGACGUCGAUUCCGACUCGGAUCCCGGCCACGAUGA